UACAAGUCUGUGUUCUGUGGCAAGUCAACAUGGAGUUCAGGUUACAACAAAAUAAUGUAGCAUAAAAAGCGUUUUUCUUAAAAAUGAAAUGUUUAUUCGAUGUGUUUUAUAAAACUUGCUACUUCACGUAAUUUAUAAUGUCUUCCAAAAGUGAGUUAAAAAAACUGUCUGAAGAAAGUUUGACCAGACAACCAGAAGAAGUCUUCGAUAUAAUAUGCAAACUCGGAGAAGGCUCAUAUGGUAGUGUCUAUAAGGCUCUCCACAAAGAAUCAGGACAAGUAUUAGCAAUCAAACAAGUACCUGUAGACACAGAUCUUCAAGAAAUUAUCAAAGAAAUAUCAAUUAUGCAGCAAUGUGACAGCCCUUAUGUGGUCAAGUAUUAUGGUAGUUAUUUUAAAAAUACCGACCUAUGGAUUGUGAUGGAAUAUUGUGGGGCUGGUUCCGUCUCAGAUAUUAUGAGGUUACGUAAAAAGACAUUGACUGAAGAUGAAAUUGCAACAAUUUUAUCUGAUACUUUAAAGGGGUUAGAAUAUUUACAUUUACGUAGAAAAAUACAUCGAGAUAUUAAAGCCGGCAAUAUCCUUCUAAAUUCCGAAGGACACGCAAAGUUGGCAGACUUUGGUGUUGCUGGGCAAUUGACUGAUACCAUGGCCAAGCGUAAUACGGUUAUUGGCACACCCUUUUGGAUGGCCCCUGAAGUCAUUCAAGAAAUAGGUUACGAUUGUGUGGCAGACAUCUGGAGUCUAGGUAUAACAGCCUUAGAAAUGGCCGAAGGCAAACCUCCAUAUGGGGAUAUUCAUCCUAUGAGGGCAAUAUUUAUGAUUCCCACCAAACCCCCGCCAUCAUUUAGGGAGCUAGAUAAAUGGUCUCCUGAAUUUAUAGACUUUGUUAGUGUUUGUCUUGUUAAAAAUCCAGAAGAACGUGCUACUGCCUCUGAUCUUCUAAGCCAUGUUUUUGUAGGCAAUGCGAAAGCGCCAAAUAUUUUAACUUCAAUGAUACAAGAAGCACAUGAUAUACGAGAAAGUCAGACGAAUCGAAGCGUCUCGGCGGUCACAAAUAUUUCUGGGCCUCUGAGACAAAAUAAUGUGGCGGACUCCGAUGAUGUUGAUGAUGGUAACCAAACAAUUUUGUCAUGCGCUGACGAGGGUACUCUGGUACCAGAUAAAGGUGGUACUUUAGUUCCGUCUAGCCCCAGCGGGACACUAGUAGAGUUAGAAUCGAACUUAGGUACCAUGGUGAUAAAUAAUGACAUAGACGAUCAAACAAUGAAAAGACAUGACACGGACUCUUUAAGUAGUGGAAACAAAUACAGGCCCAUGUUUUUGGAGCACUUUGUCAAACGCGAAGCAGAGGAAAAGUCUGAAAAUGAUGCACCUAGCCCGUCUGCCCCAGAAGUCCAGCAAACUCAACCAGAAAUGCCAAAAAAAGAAAUUCAAGUGCCAGUUCAAAGCAUGUGUCAACAGGAAUCGCCAGCCCUGGAACAAAAGCAGGUUCAUAUUGCGUUUUCAGACGGAGAUUUUGAAUUCCUGAAAUAUUUAACUUACGAGGAAUUGCAACAAAGAAUGAACACUUUGGAUGCCGAUAUGGAGAGAGAAAUAGACGAAUUGCGUAAGCGAUAUCAAGCAAAACGACAACCGAUCUUAGAUGCCAUGGAUACUAAAAGGAAAAGGUCGCAAAAUUUUUGAAGGUUAAGGUACGGAGAUAUUCAAAAGGUAUUUAAAUUGGCCAAUCAAUCCUGUAUUAAUUGUUACCUCAGUUCCAAAAAUCUAACAAAUUAAUUUUUUUUUUGCUUUCAAGAGAACGAGGUUUAGACCGUUUAGUUUUAUUUGGGUCUAGUCAGAUUUUAAAAUUUCUAAGUGUGAUUAUACCGUGAGGAAAUCCUCUGUUUUGAGUUAAUAAUUUGUUUUUAAUAUUGGCAGACCGUGUCAAUGAUUUGUCUGAAUUAUUUUCGCUAACUUUAAGAAUCGUUAGGCAAUAAGAUUCUAAGUGCAAAUUUUUAAAUUUAAAAUUUACACUCUCCAUUUCCCAAUAGUUUUUUAGAACUCCACAACCCCUUUGAUAGCCAAAGCAACCUAGUAUAAGUAUUUAAGAGAAUCAUCUAAUAAUUAUACCUAAUAAACUAUCAGAUAAAGUUCUGUACCUAUCCUCUACUACUUUCUUUGUUUCAAGAUUUAUGUGAAGGGUUGCUAAAGAUCUGCAUUAUAUCUUACUAAACAUUAGAUUGAAUCUCAAUUUUUAAGUGAAUACUCGAAUUGACGGUGGAAGAAAUACUUUUUGAGAAGGAUGAAGUGUUCCUAAAUGUACUUAAUGGUUUCCCGUUUGUCGUCUCGUCUGCCCGUUUUUUUUUUGUUACUUUUUUUUUUCUAAACCUGUUGGAAUUCCUUGGAAAAGCGUUUGUAAAAAGUGAAGAGUUUUAUAUAUAUUUUCUAAUUUUAAUAAUAGUUUUAUUAUCUGCCGUUUCGAAGUUCUGUUACAUUAAGUUUUGGUUUCAUAAGAAAGCUUGUUAUUUUGUACAGUAAACUGAAGACAACUUAGAUUAGGAUAUAACCUCUGUACGUGAAGUACGCUUGCUGUGCCUUUAAGUAGAUUUAAAUAGAUGUAGAAAAUAACUAGUUAUGUAAUCGAUAUUUUUUGAUCCAGAAUAAACACUC